AUGUGGUCUGAUGUUUUGUUCCGGGGUAAGGAGCUCACACUGAAAAUCAGUUUCAACUACGUAGACGAUCGUCACUCUUCCCCAACCUCUGGUCGGAAAGGAGAGAAAAGAGGAAAGUCAUCUGUUACAAAACGGAUACUCAACGAACGAGAUACACAACUUGAUGCAGAGGAAAAUGCUUCUGGCGAGAAGCCAAUCUGGCGUAGCGUCUGUAGUUUAAUACGAUACGACUCGUCGACAUAUCAGCAUGGCCCUUAUUGUUGGGUGGACCUAAUGGGGAAAAAACACUAUCCUCUCAAAUCCCAUCAUAUAAAACGUCUUAUCGCCCACGUUAAGAAGGGAGGGGUUCUGGAAUACCAUAAGAAUAUGCCCGAAGCCGUACGCGACGAAUUAUACAGGGAGGAGCAAGAGAGACUCGGCAAAGGCAAGCGCAAAGGAGGCCACGUCGAUAGGUCUGGAGCACUAUAUCCUCCCAUUAAUAUUAAUGUCCUACCCUCACAGUCUACCAUCCAUGGGAUAGAUGUUUCUACUUCUAAAGCGGCGGUUGACUUGACGGCUCUGAGCCCCCUUGAGAUUCCGGGUUCCACAGACAUAGCCGUGGAGGAGUAUACUGAAUGGCUAGUGUCGACUGUCGAAAGGGAUACCCUCAAAGCCGCAUUCCGAUAA